AUGGCACAGCAAUAUGCCAAAGAUCAGCCGCAGGGCUACAAGAACUACGUCGAGAAUAUCGCGGUAGUCGGUGCCGGAGGCCAAAUGGGCGGCUAUAUCGUCAAGCAUCUCCUCGAGACCGGCAAGCACAAUAUCACGGCCAUCACGCGAGCCGAUAGCAGCAGCAAAAUGCCUGAGGGCGUCAAAGUCGCCAAAGUCGACUACAACAACCGUGCAUCGCUCGUCGAGGCUCUCCGCGGCCACGAUGCGCUCAUCAUCACCUUGGGCGUGAUGGCGCCGGAGGAGACACAGAGCAAACUGAUUGAAGCCGCCAUCGAGGCGGACGUCCCGUGGAUCAUGCCAAAUGACUGGGGCACGGACUCGACCAACGUGAGCCUUGCGACGGAUACCAUGCUUGGCGGGAGUCGCUGGAAAGCGCGUGAUCUGAUCGAAGGCGGCGGCAAGGGCCGCAUCUCGAUUUGUUGCGGGUUCUGGUAUGAGUAUAGCCUGGCGGGCGCGUCGGUCCGGUAUGGCUUCGACUUCCACAACCGCAGCGUAACCUUCUAUGACGAUGGUACCACCAAGAUCAACACUAGUACGUGGGACCAGUGUGGUCGUGCUGUGGCCAAGUUGUUCAGCCUCAAAGUCUUGCCUGAGGACGCGGGUGACAAGAGUGUCACACUGUCGCAGUUCAAAGAUCAGUUCGUGUCCAUCUCGUCGUUCUUGGUCAGCCAGAAAGAUAUGUUUGAUUCCGUUCUUCGUGUGACCGGGACGACUGAGAAGGACUGGAACAUCAAGUAUGAGGACGUCCACGAACGGUACAAGAAUGGUGUCUCGGAAUUGCAGAGUGGCAAUAGGGAUGGAUAUCCGAAGUUGUUGUAUGCGCGAGUUUUCUUCCGCGAUGGUGGUGGAGACUUUGAAUCGAAGAAGGGAUUGAGUAAUGACGUGUUGGGAUUGCCAAAGGAAGACAUUGACGAGCGGACGAGGGCUGCCAUCGCGAUGGCCGAAGAAGGCUCGAGGAUGACUCGUAGCACUGCUUGA